GUGUAGAAAACACGUUAGACAACACUUCUCAUUGAAUUUGUCAAAAACAAAGACACUUUUCAUUGAACAACCUUAGUUUUAAAUCCACUCGCUCUAAUAACUCCCAUGAUCUGUUUUUUUUUUUUUUUCUAAUUGGUUUUUGGAGAAAAAUCAUACUUUCUUUCAUUUAAUUCAUUCAUCAUACUACAAAUUUACAAAGGAAAGUACCAUUUCUUAUCUUUAAACUCUUGUUAUUUUAUUCAAUUAAAAUACUUAAUUUGAUAUAUAUUUCACAACCUUUAGGAUAACCCAUUUAUCUAUAGAUCCUACCAUGGAUUUUGCAGCCAAAAAACACUUGAUCCAUAUAUCAAAUGCAUCAUCACCAUCAUUUGUAUCACAAACGUUUCCACCUAUCCCAAAUCAACCUAAUUAUGUUCAAAAUUUUCCAAUAAUAGCAAUCAUUGUAGUGGGAAUGUUGGCCACAUCUCUCCUUCUUAUAGUCUACUACACCUUCGUGAUCAAAUGUUGUCUAAAUUGGAACCAUGUUGAUCUUGUUAGAGUAAGACGAAUUUCUCUAUCAAAUCGAUAUGAAGAACAAUCGUCAACAAAUUCUAAUGUGGCAUCAGAGCCUAAAGGACUAGAGGAAUCAAUGAUUCAAUCAAUUCCGGUGAUUCAUUUCCAAAAAGAAAGAGACUAUGGUGAAAGAAGCUUUUGUGAAUGUGUAGUUUGUUUGAAUGAGUUUCAACAAGAUGAGAAACUAAGGGUUAUACCAAAUUGCAACCAUGUAUUUCACAUUGAUUGUGUUGAUCUUUGGCUUCAAAAUAAUGCAAAUUGUCCACUUUGUAGAAGAAGAAUUUCAUUGACAAGACAAGUUGAGCAUGUUCUCACUCCAAGACCUUCAUCUUAUUAUCAAAGCCAAAAUGUUGAAGAUUUUGUUGUGAUUGAUUUGGAAAAUAAUGAAAAUGAUGAAGGAGAAAACAUGCAUGGAAGACAAGAAAGAGGCAAAGAAUUAAUGGAGGUACAAAGAGAUACUAUUAGUCCUUCAAACAUGAAGUUGGAACAUAGAAUUUUACACAAGAAUGAAAUUAAGCUUCAUAAAGUGACAAGCAUGGGGGAUGAGUGUAUAUUAGGUAUUAAUGACAAAGAUGAUGGCUUUUUAGUUCAACCAAUUAGAAGAUCUUUUUCAAUGGACUUAUCAAUUAAGAAAUCUUUAUAUCAACAAAAUCUACAUGUUGAUGAGGUUAGCUCCAUUGAUGUUUGUGGUGAUAGUAGUAGUAGAGUCAAGAGAUCUUUCUUUUCCUUUGGACAUGGAAGUAGAUCCAAAAGUGUUGUUUUACCUAUUCAUCUGGACCCUUGAAAGUUUCUUUUGUUCUUCUCUCUUUAGUGUUUUCAUUUUCUUAUACAUGUUUUACAAAUAUUUUUUAAUGUUUGUUAUGAGUAAUAGAAAUUAUAUGUAUAAAACCCAACGAGUGAAGAUUCUGGGUUGGAAUUCAUGUUGGAACAUUUUUAUUAAACAUUUUGUUCAGUUA